AUGAGCAAAAGAUAUGUGCGACUAUUGGUACUGAUCUUGAGCUACCUGUCUCUCGUACAGGCUGCCGCAUAUGAUAAGCAUGGAAUCACAGGACGAAGGGUAGCGAGGACCGGGAACAGACAGAAAGGGCACAAAGGGCAAAAAGGACAGGCCGAGGGGCAAUUGCAAGGAUCGGUUCUGAUAGUCACCGAGACUGUCAAAGAGACGGUAACGGCGGGCAGUGGCGCUGGUGUCGAUGGAACGAUCGCAGCUGAGACCGUAACAGAGACAGUCACUGUGACCCAAAAGGAAAAUGCUGGGGCUCUACCUGGCACUGGAAACGUACAGCUCUCGUUCGUAACGACAACAAUUUUCGGCACCGGCUCACCCUCGACCGUCACCAUCACAGCUCUCCCCGAGACCAUUACCCAAACAAUAGCCGCCACCGUCACCCAGACGGUAGCCUCCACGCUCACCGAGACGAUAGCCCAAACCAUCACCAGCUUGCAGGUCGUAGCCUCGACCGAGACCGUCACCCAGAUUCAGUCAGUAACGGAAGCAUGCUCCUCGAGCCAAGAAGUGCCAGGCGUGGUUGCGGGAGCGCCCGCCGGAACAGCUGCCCCUGCCAGUGAUGACAACAACGGAUUACCACACGCGAGCGGUGGAGUGGGAGUAACGACGGUUUCGAUCCCGGCUGCUUUGCGCACUUCGACCUUGGAAGUGCCGCCGCCCCCAGCUGCUACGGCCUCGGUACCCUUGGCCGAAAGCUCUUUGACGACCUCAGAAGUAGUAGCUAGCAGCACUUCCGCUGCUGCGGAGCUCUCUUCCACUUCAACCAGCGCUGCGGAGGAUACCACCACGUCUACCACCGAACUGGCCAUGUCCACAACCGAACUCAGCUCCACUACCGAGCUCGCCACAUCUUCCACGGAACUCCUCACAUCCUCAGUUAAAAUCACCAGCAGCACCGCCCCCGCGGUGGCCAUCACCUCCGUAGUCUCUGUCGAAGCCCCAUCCUCGACCUCGGUCGCCGUCCCAGCAGGAGCCGAGCCGACUUCAGUCCUCGUUCUCCCGGCCGUUUCGGCAGCCAACCCGACGACCACCGCAGUAGCGCCAGAUGUUGCGAACGGAGGCAUCCAGUUCACGCUUGAUGUGUCGGGACUGAGUCUGACGAAUGUGUUGGAUUUGGGGAACUUAGUACCGCCUACGGCUGCGGCGCGGCCAUGA